GCCGGAAGAGGCGCGGAGCUGGGAGCGUCAUAGCACGGGAGGCGGCGGCGGCAGGACGGGUCCGGGCGCCGCGAUGGAGAGCGCGAGUCAGGAUAUCAACCUUAACUCUCCCAACAAAGGUCUGCUGUCGGAUACCAUGACGGACGUUCCCGUGGAUAGCGGGGCCUCGGCCAGAGCCGCUGCGCCCGAGGGGCUGACCCUGGCUGAAGAGGAGGAGCUGAGGUCUGAGCUCGCCAAGCCUCUCCUUCUCCCUGAGGUUGAAGAAGAGAUUGGCACUCUCAGGCAGGUUCUGGCUGCUAAGGAGAGGCACUGUGGAGAGCUGAAGAGGAAGCUGGGCUUGACUCCCCUGGAUGGGCUGAAGCAAAACCUGUCUAAAAGCUGGCACGAUGUCCAAGUCUCCAAUGCUUAUGUGAAAACAUCUGAGAAACUUGGAGAGUGGAAUGACAAAGUGACACAGUCUGACUUAUAUCUUUCAGCCAGCAGCACACUGGAGGACUGGAAUGAAAAAUUAACUCAAUCAGAAGCUUACAAGAAGACCCAGGAAACCCUUUCCCAGGCAGGCCAGAAGACUUCAGCAGCCCUGUCCAACGUAAGCUCUGUUAUCAGCAGGAAACUUGGUGACAUGAGGUCUCACCCCUUCUCCAAUUCCUUUAGCAGUUACUCCAUUCGCCACUCCAUCAGUAUGCCAGCCAUGAGGAAUUCUGCAACCUUCAAGUCAUUUGAAGAUAGAGUUGGAACCAUAAAGUCCAGGAUGGUGGGCAGCAGGGAAAACAGCACGGACGGCCUCCACUCCCCCUCGGGAGCUGGGGACAAACCUCCACAAGACAACGCUCCUUUCUAGACCCACGAUGUGGCUUUGCACGGCUGUGCACGACUGUACGAGCCACCUCCUCCCUCCCAACCCUUCACAACAGCAACAACAUGCGCCUCCAAGAAGGGGCCGAGCGCCAGUUUUGGAGAGAUCCAUCGUUCAUUCAUAGACACUGCUGCCGGAUCCAAGUCAAAUAAAGAGAAUGCAAAGUUUUGUACACAAAUAAUAUUUUACACUAAAGUUUGUAGGUUAAAUGUAUCACUGCUGUCCUUUUGGGAGAGCGUGGAAGGUGGAGUUUCCUUAGAGUAGCUCAGAAAUGCCACUGGCAUAGAUAAAAGCGGUUUUCCCUUGUCUGGUAUAACUUGCAGCGUGAGGAGGGCAGUUAUUGGAGAAACCAAGCGCAUGGGUAGCUUAGCUUCAGCUUCUGGCUGUGUCCUCUGUCACGCAGCUCCUCGUGUCACACAGCUCCUCGGAGCUCCCAGGCUUCUCCUGUUACUGCUUCCUCGGCUCUUAUUGGAGUAGUCUGGUAAAUGGGGUCAACAGUUGGGUUCUUUUCUGGGCUCCCAAAAGGGAAACUUCACUCAGCAGCUGCCUCGUUGUUACACUAAUGCUCUAGCUUUAACUGAACUAAAAAUCUUUAUUUUUAAAUGCAACAAAACUUUAAAGAAAUAAAGCUUAAAAGGAGGAAAAAAAAAAAAAAGUCAAUCAGAAGCUUUGGCAUCGUGUUAGGGAACCGCUCCCUUGGCCUCAGACUGCCUCGCAAGCCUUACAUCACCACCUGCUUUACUUGUUCAUGGUUUUAUUUCUAUAGAGAAGACUGCAAGGGGAAUAAAGCUGGAUGUUGAGCACUGGAGUUUUGCAUCCUAACAGUAGCAGCAUGCUUAUCAGCCAGUCCUUGUGUUAAACUCAGUGGUGCACUCCGUUUUGCUGAGUGUAUGAAACUUGCUUCUCCCUUCUCAGCUGAUGCCUUUGCUCUUGGAGGAGGAAUUCCUGAAGGCUGCUGGUUACAAAGGCUGUCUCUAGCACUACGGAUGCUGUUGGAGGACUCUGCUCUCUGAGGGCUCCUCCAACUGGUACAUCCCACCACGACUGGACGGGUUUUUCGGUUGAAAGCCCCAGCUCUCAUCUUGGUUUACAGAACUGGCAGAGAGUGAUGGAGCUCAACCAGCGCCCCAGGCGCUGUGUGUUUUGCUCUGUUCAUGUCCAGCUUCCUUGCUCAGGAGCUGCAAAAUAUCCGAGUUUUCUUCUAGAGGCCUGAUCUUAUUCUAGGCAAGGUGCCUCCACGUAGAAAUACCUAGAGUGAGCAAUUCUGUGCCUUAGAGGCGAAGUGGGACUUACUCAGGUCUUUAGGCUUGUUGAUGUACAUAUCUGCGUAGCGUUAGUGGUUUAUCACCCCGGAGGGACUGAACAGUCUCUGACCCUUUAGAGAAGCAAGUUUUGACGCUUACCUGCUGAUUAAUGUUCCCCCCACCCCUGCUCCCUCCCCUCUGCAGCCCUGGGGACGCAGGAUGGAAGCCUGGGAGGUGGAUGUACUGGGUGGUGGUUGGAUUCACUGGUGCUCCCUGUUUGACUGACCCUGUGAGGAACGGAGCCGGUGGAACCGGGACUGCUGGAGUUGGGUGUUGAACUGUUUCUCUUUAUAGAUAAAGAUUGAGGAAACUUGUCAAUAAAGCAUUCCUUUGGGAGAAAAUGGG